AUGUUGCGAAUUGGUGUGAGAAGUUUGAGUAGUAGCUCUGCCAGAUGCGCUGCUCCAGCUCGUGGUAAGGCUCAAGGGUUUGCUAAGAAAGUGAUUUCUGGUAAAACGUCUGCUAAGAAAGUUGGUGCAGGAUCGCUUUACAAACCAUGGCAACAAACCGUGGCCACUGGAAAACUGGGUAAGAACGCCGUUCCUACGGAAUUAGAGAUCUUCAAGCCAUUAGAUGUCUCACAGAACUUCGAUCAAGUUGUCGCGUAUUCCAACGCUCAAUACAAAAGUCUUUACACACAAGGUUCUUUCAAACAAAAUCAGCUGAAUGAGUUGUUUUCACGACCAAUUAGUCUUGUCAGGCGCAGUACAACCAAAAGGCUCUUUGAUGAAUUGAAAAACUCGGCAAAGACCUCAAAAAAAUACGUUCUCACAGGCGAAUCGGGGGUGGGAAAAAGCGUACUUUUGUCCCAAGUACAUGCCCUUGCAUGCGAAGAGAAAUCCAUUCUAAUAAAUAUAUCAUACCCCGAGCUUUUUAUGAAUGGUACCAGUGAUUUUUUUCACGACGGCUCUAGUUACGUACAGCCAAUGUACCUCAAGCAGCUAUUAACCAAAACUUUGAAAGCAAAUGAUCAUGCGAUUCUUUCGUCUAUUGUUUUAACAAAUACUUACAAGUUUGCAAAUGCCGACCCUAAGGAUGCUGCUAGUAGGAAGUUUGUUCAGAUCAACGCCGGUAAGGACACCUUAUUAGACCUUCUCUCUAUCAAGACGACACCUCGUAAUCGCGGUGAACUAUUUCGUGCUAUGAUAACCGAGCUCAGCAAACAAAGUAAAACGCCAGUGUAUUUUACAGUGGACAACUUCUCUCGCAUAUUAAGCGAGCCUCUUACUUCAUAUAAGAGCACGCAAAACGAGAACAUUCACGUUUCAGAACUACAACUUGGCAAAACAAUAAUGGAAGUGGUGAGUGGUAAAACAACUUUCGCAAAUGCCUCGAGCUGUGUGAUUCUAGCCACAUGUGGCUCUGACAAGACCAACAAAACUUUACCAGUAGGGUUGAAGAAGCUGCCUCACGACCCAUACGUCAGUAAAAAGCACUACGAUCAUGAGCUUGCCAACGUGUUGAUUAAAGGCGAUAUUAAAGAGUUUCCAGUUGAAAAAUUGUCUAAGGACGAGGUAAGACAUUUAAUCGAUUUCUACUUGAAAUCUGAAAUCUUGCUUUCCAAAGAUACUGAUAAUAAAAACAUUGAACAACUUGUCGAUGAGAAAUACUUUUUGAGCGGUAACGGAAACCCCAAGGAACUAUUAAAAAGCAUAGCACUACAAUUUUCAUGA